ACUGUGAUCUCUUGCAUUUGCUUCUCUUUUAUUUUGCCUUUUUAUUCCCCUUUUCAAUUAUUGAAAACAAUGUGUAUCUUAUGAAGUCGAAUCCAAUACCUAUAUCUUCUGCUGAAGGUGGGGUUUGGUUCAAUGGUUUCUUCACUUCAUCCAUGGUGAGGAAGAUCCAACUAUGCUGUUAUAGAUCUAUGAAUUUUACAUUUUUCCAUGUCCUGUUGAUCAUUCUUGGAUCUGCUAUGUGGAUUAAUGAUGAAAUAUACCAUCUGCAUUUUGUCUCCAAGUAGUUCUAUUAUUGUAUUGUCUCAUUAGAUAUGAAUAUACAGCCAUUAAAGUGCCAAACAUGUCCAGCCAAUCCUUUGUUUUCUAUGUUAGCUUUACAUCCGUAAAGAGGAAGGAAGUGUUGAAGUUUAAUCAUGUCAAUGCUCAACCUUUUUGGUUUUUCACAAGUUCAUUUGCCAUGAUGCUAGAUUGACUAUGGUGGUAGGGCACUUCCAAGUUCCAAUGCAUUUCAUAGAAAAUGUUUAUUAUGUUCCUAGUGGGUCUAGACUUGAAAUAGAAUAGAAUGUAACCCCCCCUUGCUAAUACUGAAACUAAAUGCACAAUUAUUGUUGCAAGUGAAAGGGUAAAAGAAUCCUAGUUUCAAUUUCAAAACUUUUGGACUUAAAACUAUUAAACUCGGUGUGCUUAAAAAGUAUGAUGAAAAUGUUAUUGCAUUAUUUUAUUGCCCUUAUUGCCAUUGUAUUAUAAGUGGUAAAGCAUGACAUGGGAUUUCAACGGCAUUGGAUUGUUAGAUACUCAGUUAGGUUAGUGAUAACAGGAGGAAGCAAGAAGUUGAAGGGGAGACAUUCCUGAAUGAAUUCAGCGAGAUGAUGAGGAAUUAUAACCAUGUUUUUCUUUCUGGUACUUUGUGGGCCUAGCACAGCCUGUAUACUUCAGAUGGGCUCAUAAAAACUACAUAGCAGC